CCCUCUACAUACAGAGAACCCAGUCCAGUAGGAAGCCACUCCCCCUCUACAUACAGAGAACCCAGUCCAGUAGGAAGCCACUCCCCCUCUACAUACAGAGAACCCAGUCCAGUAGGAAGCCACUCCCCCUCCUCUGGUGUAGAGUUCCAUGAAACAGAAAGUCAUCUUUCAUACUGCCAUUGCUUAACCUACGUGAGAGAGCAACAAAAUGGCAGAGAAUCAGGAACUGUUCUGUUGCUCCAUCUGUCUGGAUCUACUGAAGGAUCCGGUGACUACUGCCUGUGGACACAGUUACUGUAUGGGCUGUAUUAAAGAAAGCUGGGAUCAGGAUGAUCUGAAAGGUUUCUACAGCUGUCCACAGUGCAGACAGACCUUUAUCCCAAGGCCUGUUCUGAACAGGAGCACUGUGCUGACUGAGAUGGUGGAGAAACUGAGGAAGACAGGACUCCAGGCUCCUCCCCCUCCUGCUCUGUGCUAUGCUGGACCUGGAGAUGUGGUGUGUGAUGUCUGCACUGGGACCAGAAAGCAGAAAGCCCUCAUGUCCUGUCUGGCGUGUCUGGCCUCUUACUGUGAGACUCAUCUCCAACCUCACUAUGAAUUUCCUGCUUUGAAGAAGCACAAGCUGGUCAAAGCCACCACACAACUACAGGAGAAGAUCUGCUCUCAUCAUGACAAACUGCUGGAGGUUUACUGUCGUACCGAUCAGCAGUGUAUCUGUCUGCUGUGUGUGAUGGAUGAACAUAAAGGCCAUGAUACAGUGUCAGCUGCAGCAGAGAGGACUGAGAAACAGAGGCAGCUGGGGAUGAGUCAGCAGAAGGUCCAGCAGAGAUUCCAGGAGAGAGAGAAGGAGCUGAAGGAGCUCCAACAGGCUGUGGAGUCUUUCAAGCGCUCUGCACAGGCAGCAGUGGAGGACAGUGAUCAGAUCUUUACUGAGCUGAUUCGCUCCAUUGAGAGAAGGAGCUCUGAGGUGAAGGAGCUGAUCAGAGCCCAAGAGAAGGCUCAAGUGAGUCAAGCUGAAGGACUCCUGGAGCAACUGAAGCAGGAGAUAGCUGAGCUGAGGAAGAGAAGCACUGAGCUGGAGCAGCUCUCACACACAGAGGAUGACAUCCAUUUCCUCCCGAGGUAUCAGUCUCUCUCCAGUAUCAGUGUAUCUUCAGACUUACCCAGCAUCGUUGUCCGUCCUCUUCAGUACUUUGGAGAUGUGAGUAAGACUGUGUCUGAACUGAGAGAGAAACUAGAAGACUUCCUUAAAGGAGAAUGGACCAAGAUCUCCACUACAGUGAAUAUAGUGGAUGUUUUACUGCCUCCAGAGCCCAAGACCAGAGAACAGUUGUUACAAUAUUCCUGUCAGCUCACACUGGACCCAAACACAGCACACACACUCCUCUCUCUGUCUGAAGGGAACAGAAAAGUGACACGUACAGGCCAAUUCCAACCAUAUCCUGACCAUCCAGACAGAUUCACCAACUCGUACCAGGUUCUGUGUAGAGAGGGUCUGUCUGGACGCUGUUACUGGGAGGUGGAGUGGAGUGGUGUUGUUGUUUAUACAGCAGUCUCAUAUAAAGACAUCAGCAGAACAGGGACAGAUGGUAGAUUUGGAUUCACUAACAAGUCCUGGAGUUUACAUUACUAUAGUGGUGGUUAUUGUUUCAGACACAAUAAUGUUGAGACUAAAGUAUCAGGCCCUCAGUCCUCCAGAGUAGGAGUGUACCUGGAUCACAAGGCAGGUACUCUGUCCUUCUACAGUGUCUCUGACACAAUGACCCUCCUCCUCCACAGAGUCCAGACCACAUUCACUCAGCCCCUCUAUCCUGGGUUUUAUCUCUAUGAUUAUAAUUAUACUGCUGAGCUGGUUAAACUGUAGUAGGGUCCACAUAGAUACUAGUCAUGUUGGUGUAGUCUAUAGCUGAGCUGGUUAAACUGUAGUAGGGUCCACAUAGAUACUAGUCAUGCUGGUGUAGUCUAUAGCUGAGCUGGUUAAACUGUAGUAGGGUCCACAUAGAUACUAGUCAUGUUGGUGUAGUCUAUAGCUGAGCUGGUUAAACUGUAGUAGGGUCCACAUAGAUACUAGUCAUGCUGGUGUAGUCUAUAGCUGAGCUGGUUAAACUGUAGUAGGGUCCACAUAGAUACUAGUCAUGCUGGUGUAGUCUAUAGCUGAGCUGGUUAAACUGUAAACUGAUUUGUUAUUAAUUAAAAUUCAAUACGUUUUAAUCUUGUACAUUUCCAUGAAUCAUGAUGUCUGGUGUUGAUGUAUAUUGGUUGUCAUUCAGAACCAUUGAUAUGUUUUCUCAGUUGGUUCUCUGUCUCUAUGUAAUUCUCCUCAGUAUCAUUGAUCAGCUUGUUGGCUCGGUCCUAAUUGAUGUGUUCUCUGUCACCUGGAGCUGCAUGGAAAAUGGUCCAGGAACUAAAGGACAAUUCAGGACUAGUCAGCCCACUACAAGCUGGUAUCACAUCCUUUCUACUAAACUAUAUGGUCUGGUUUCCCAGACACAGAUGAAUCCUAGUCCUGGACUAAACAGUAUGUUCAAUGUAGAUGUCCAGGAAACCGGCCCUAAAUGUGUCAUCUUUCAUCCUCCCAUACUGCUCAGUCCAGCAACAUUAAACCUGUCCAGCAGGUGGUGCUGUUGACCAAACAAUUAAAACCAGCAGAUAUCUUGACUUGCCACUCAGUAUAAGAGUAAUGUUCAGAAUAGUACUUUAAUAUCAUUGGAGAUUGAAUGUCUUUUUAAUCCACUAUCCAGAGUCAGGAACAGAUGAAGUUAGGUCUGCUACUGUUCAGUGAUUAAAUAUGAUUUAUGGUGAUGGGAAAUAAUAAAAAACACUCAACUUCA